AUGCUUUCGGAGACAACCAUACAAAGCCCUUGUUCCGAGACCAAUUACCCAGGAGCGGGCUUAUGUCCCGCCGGAUGGACUGUCGUCCUUGUUGUGACGUUAGCCCUCUAUCAGCGGCAUCCUAUAUGUCGCGAUGAAGGUGACUACCUCCCUUUCCUUGCUGGGGGUGCCGCUGCCUUUGUUAUCUCAUCAGCUCUGGAGUGGUCGCUUUUUAAAGUGGGCCUUACCGGCACGCCCCUGGAGACCCAUGCCCGCCGAGCAGUCCCCCUGCUGCUCUACCUCCACACCUUUGCCUCCAUUUCCGAGCUGGGCUUUGCGGCGUAUGGAGCACACCUGUUGCGUGUGGACACUCGGCUGUGCAUAGCGUGGAGUCCUAGACCGUUGGCGGCGGCCCUGGUGGGGACCACCUGGGCGGUCAUUGCCCUCAACGGACUGCUCACCGCGCUGGCGCUCAACCCCUGGCACGGGUUGGGCCUGGUUGAGGCGUGGGAGGCCCGACUGCUUUGGCUCUCCAGGCUGUUGUGCUGCCGGUCUGGACUGCUCACACAGGCGCGGGUUCCGGACAGGGAGCCCGCCCUGCGCCGCAUCGCCCAGCUGACCUCCCACCUCCUACAGCAUGUGGACCUCACCCUGUCGGAUGUGGCAGCUGCCAUGAUACUGGUGGCGGCGGCGCAGCGGGAGAGACGCCGCCGGGCGCUGCGGGACGCAAUGGUGGCGGCGGCUGCGGCGCAUGCGGCGCUCCUGGGCUCAGGCGCGGCUGCAGCGUCUUCAGCGGCGCCGUUUGGCCCGGGCUUUGUGCCGGGUAUAGGAUCCGGGUUAAUGCUGGGUGGGGGUUCGGGUGUGGUGUCAGACUCGGUGUACGGCGACGCGCCUGCCGAGCCUAAGGCCUCCGGGGGCUCUCCAGGACGGGGCAGCAGCGGCGGCGCCGUCGGUGGUGCAGGAACGGCGGCGCCUGCUGCUGCUCCUGCGGCGGCGGCGGCAGUAGCGGCGCUGCACGGCAGCGACAUGGGAGGAAGUGCACCCGUUACAGCGGCCAGCAGCCAGUCACCCUUCUUGACUGUACAGCAACCGCAGACUCCGCAGCACCCGCAGCAGCACCCACACCCUCCAGCCGGGGCCCACCCUGGCCGGCAGACCCGGGUGCGUUUCGUGGACGACGGCACUGAGCUAGGGCCCCUACAUGUGCGGUCACCAUCGCCCCCGCCGCCGCCGCCGCCCCCGGCCCCGCUACCGGUCUCGCCGGCGGAGGCGACGUUGCGCCGCACUGAGGCUUCUCACGGCUCCUGCGGUGUGGCCAGGGUGGUGUCAGCUGACUCACCCUCAGUGCAUGACGGCCAUUGCGGCGGCAUGAAUUGCGGCACUACUACUACUACUGCUACUAAUACGAGUACUGCUGCUACUGCUACUAGUACUGCUACAAAUGGCGGCGUUUCCCUCGUCGCCCUGCCUACAACUACUGCUACUGCCAUCCUCACCGGGAUGGUGGUGGCGGGCAGCGACAAGGGUAGCGCUGGCUCCGUACAGCAGUGCCCGGUAGGUGGCGCAGCAGCCAAGCCGGGCGCCGUCGCUGCAGCUGACGGCGGCAGCAGCAGCAGUAGCGGCAGCGCAAGCGGCAGCAGGCUAGGGUUGCUGGGAGCCACAGCUGGGGGGGAGUUGACACCGCAGCCGCCGUCGCCCAGCCGCGCCCUGACGCUGAUGCACCCCAUGGUGCAUAUCACGCCAGCGGGCAUGGAGGAGCAUUUGGAUGAGCUGGUGGGGGAGCUGGUGGGGGAGCUGGCGGCAGAAGUGGCGGAGGCGGAAGCGGACGUGGGGCCGCCGACAGGCCGUACAGACGGUAGCAGAGACCUGGAUUUAAUUCUGGAUUUGGAUUUACAAGAGAAAAGGGAGGAUCCCGCGUCUACGGAGAUGGAUUCUAGGCGACUCGGGUCGGCAGGCGCGGCAGUGGCGGCUGUCGCGGCAACGGCUGCCGCCGCCGCAGUGGUGGCGACGACAAGCGCAGCCACGACGGCGGCUGCGGCGGAGGCGCCGGGCCCCCCGCCGCUAGGGGUCCCCCGGCGGCCCCCAGCGCCGCUGCCGCCGUCGGCUAUGUUGGCGCUCCGAAAGCGCAUCGGUGAGGCGGCCCUGGCGGCGGCGUUUGCUGCGGAGCGUGAGAUGGUUGACCGGGAGACGCUGCAAGAGGCGGCAUUGUACGGCAGGUACGCGGCGGCCAUCUACGGCAGCUGCCCCCCUGACGGCCCCAGUGACGCCGCCGCCUGGCACCUGGGGGGGGACGGCGACCCGGGCUCCUCCUUGGACCAGGUGGCGGCCUGGCGGCGCCGCCACGGCUCCUCUGCCCCAGACCCGCUAUUGGCCUCCAUUCUCUCCAGCGCGUCAAAGUGUACGGAACAUGUCGUACAUGUCAACACGCACAACUCUACGGAGGGCUACCUACCGUACAUGGUCUGCCUUGACAAGCCCACUCGGUCAGUGGUCAUUGCCAUUCGGGGAACCUUCAGCGCUGAAGACAUCGUCACCGAUUGCUUAUGUGAACCUGUCGACGUACGGCAUAUGCUCACGCCGCCACGACUGGCCCCGGACACUACCACCGCCGCCAUGUCGCCAUCACCGUCAUUGUCGGCGGCAGCGGCAUCUUGCGGUGCGGCCGCCGCAGCAGCCGGCGCCGCUGACCCGCUUUUGUCUUCGAUGGUCGGCGGCGAGGUUGAGGUCGAGGGGGCGGUAGCGGUAGCGGCGGCGGCGGCGGCGGCUGCCCUGAACGCGGCCCUUGUCGGAGUCCCCCUGGACGAGCCCGUGUUGGUGCAUGCGGGCAUCUGGGCGGCCGCCGAGGUGAUUUGGGAGGACCUCACACAGCUGCGACUGAUGGACAUCCUGCUACCGCCGCCCGGCCCCUCCUCCUGCCCCGCCGCCGCCGCCGCCACCACCACCGCGGGUGAACAGAGGGCCCCAGCUCCAGCUGCCGCCACUUCCGCCACCAACCCUGCCUCCAUCUCCACCUCCGCCUCCGCCUCCGUCACCUCGAGCUCGAGCUCAAGCCGGGAUAUCUCACAGCCCGGCAGUAAUGCGGUGGGCGGGGUCACUGGCGCCCCGCCGCCAUCCGUCGGGGUUUCCGGUGCGCCACCCGACCACCACCACCACCUCUAUCCCCCGAACAGCCGCAACCAGCAGGAGCAGAUAGCGCGUCAGCAGCAGGAGCCUCCAGCUCAGCAACCGCAACUACAACCGCAACUGCAGAUGCCGCGGACCCGCAUGGCGCCGCCGCCGCAACCGCUGAGCCCGCAGUACCAGCCACAGCAACCACAGCAGCGAUGGAGACCGUCUUCGUUUGACGAGGGCCGGAUAGCUGCGCUAGGUACGUUGCCGACGCACCAGCUGGCGGCACCGCCGCCGGCAGCGUACGGCGCCUGCGCCUCCGGUGCUGGCGGCACUGACCCAUGGGUCGCCAGCGCUGCUUUGUCGCCCUUGGAAAUCUCUCGGCGGCUAAGCAACAUGCCCCGGUUGAUUUCUGCUGAGCGCCAAGCGACGGCGCCUCACGGCACUGGUCUCGGUGCACUGCUGCGGCGGCACCAGCGGCAGCCGCCGCCGCCACCGCCUCCAGCGGCGGCCUUGCUGCCAUCCCUGGUUUUGUCGUACAUCCCGCCCCCUCGGACAGCGUCGAUGCCGCCGUCAGCCGGCGCAGCCAGAUCCCGCCGGGACUUCCUGCAGUCGGCGCUGCGGCGAGGGAAAUCCACUUCGGCGGCGGCCGCUGGCGGCGGCGGCAGCAGCGGCAGCCGCCGUCGCCGCCGCCGCGGCGGUACCAACGCCGGCAGCAGCGCCGCUGGCUUCUACUCCCCUGCCGUCGCUCAUCCCCAACCGCCGCAUCUGCUGACCGGGAGAUCGAGAACCUCCCCACCUCACGAGGCUGUACGACAGCUCUCCACCGUCAUCGGUUUUGCAGCUUGGCGUGCCGGUGCCGGCGGUGCCGCCGCAGAUUCCGACCGUGGGCUUGGGGUCGGGACCUCCCCUUCGCGGCUCGCCACAGAUCGGUCUGCCGGACCGCCGUCUUCGCUGCUGCCGCUGCCAGCAGCGGCGGGGCGUCGGCCUUUCCAUCCCGCCUAUUCCCAUCCUAAGCCUGAGCCGUCGCUGCCGCCUCAGGGUGGCCUAGGUACGGCGCCUGGUGCCGCCGCCUCCACCUCCGCCACCUGCCCCAGCACUUCCUCCCCGUACUACAACCGAAUGCAGGGCUCAGCUAGCCGCCUAAGAAGUCGCGAUGACAUGUCGGGUGCCGUCGGCUGUGCUACGGACUCUCCGUCGGGCCGUGAAGCUCCCGCUACCGCCUCCGGCACCGGUUCAGACGGCGCGGCACCUGGUGUUGUUGGACGGGUACGGCAGGUGGCAUCGGAGAUCCUGCACGCCGCGUCGGACCUGUUGCUGUCGCUGCCGCGCCCCGGCGCCCGAUCGCCACUGCUGCCACUGCAGCAGCGUCAGCAAGGGACACAGACGCAGGCGCAGCGUCAGCAACGUCGACUGGGUUGGUUUGGAGUGUACGGCCACGCCGGCGGGUUGCGAUCUGCCAGUGACGGUGGCGCCCAGCUGCCGUACUCGAGCUUGCCGCGAACGGAAGCGGAAGCGGAGGUGCAGGCCGGCGGUGGCGGCGGCGGCGGCGGAGCCGGUGUCACUGGGUCCUUUGACCAGCUUGGACGGCGCUGGCGGAGUGCCGGCGGCGUCGCCGCCACCGCCACCGGCGACUGCGGCGGUGUGCUAAACGACUGGUCUCUUAUUGGAUCUCAUCUCCACAGCCCUCUAGAUGUGGAGGCCGCGACGGCGGCGGCGGCGGCGGCGGUGGUGACGCCCGACGGCUCAGGCGAAGCACAGGGGUUACCGACCGCCGGCGCCGCCAACACCGCCCCCUCACCGGCCCCUCCUCCUCCUCCUCUUCGGCUUCCUGAAGUCGACUGUAGCGGUUGGCGGUUGGUAGUUACGGGCCACAGUCUGGGUGCGGGCGCUGCCGCCCUGCUAGCUUUGCGGCUGCGGUCCGCGCUGCCGCAUGUGGAGGUCCGCUGCUGGGCCUUCGCCCCGCCCGGCAGCCUGACCAGCCCCUCCCUCAGCGCGGCCCUCCGCCCCUUCACCACAAGCGUGGUCACGGGCAAGGACCUCAUCCCCCGCCUAAGUCUCAACACCAUGGAGCGAUACCGGGAUGAGAUGAUCACAGCGUUGGCUAGGUGCAGGUGCAGUAAGGCCCGGGUGCUGGUGGGCAGCUUCAGUCGCCGGAACCGCCUCCGGAGAGCCGCCCACCUACUGCUGCCGUACGAUGAGAUACCUGCUCAGGCCCGGCGGCUGCUCCGGAGCUACCACGAGGCGGUUCACCGGGCGGGGCGGCUGCCGGAGCUGCACCCGCCGGGGAGGAUCCUGUACCUGCAGCCCAGUGCCCGGGCAGCCUCAGUCGACAACAAGGACGACGCUAGGGGAGGACACCCCCACGGACCGAGGAGGGCACCGGGAGCCAGUGGUGGUGGUGGUGGCGAAGUCCCUCGCGGGCCCCCCCCUCCCCCGUGCCCCCACUUCCGCCCCGUGUGGGUAUCUGCUCGGGAGCUGCACUGCGAGGGCAUCCUGGCCUCCACCCGGAUGCUGGUGGACCACAGCCUGACGAUGUGUACCUUGCCGGCGUUGGAUGAGAUACUGGGCUCGUAG